AUGGCGAACUCAAUUAGAGUAAUACAACUAGAUCAAACAGUAGAUAAUCUUAAGUCACGUGGAGAAUUUGCAACAAGGGUUAUUGGUCUUUCCUACGGUAUAACAGCCAAAGAAUUAUUUCCUCAUGUAGUAAAGUUAGGAGCAAAAACCUGUUACUUCCCUCAUAUCAGGAAUAAUAGAAAGAAAAAUGAAACAAUCAUUUCUUUUGCUCUUAAAGAAGAAUGUGAUAAUGCAAUAGAAUUUAAAUGGAAAACAGUUAACUUUAAUAUACAGAUUGCCACUAAAAGAAUAGAAAAAUUUGGAGCAAUGUAUAAAAAAUAUAAUUCGCAUUAUUUCAAAAUAAUUAGUAGACAAGCAGGAGAAAAAACAUAUGCUAAAGUAGUAAAGAAUAAAAUAAAUAGAAAUUAUGACAAUAACAAUAGUGAAUAUGAUGAAGAUAUGGUAAGAUCUGAUGAUGAAGAAAACAAUAUAAAUAAUAAUAAUAAGGGAAAGGCUAUUUCAACAAAGAUCCCAUCAACAGAAGAUAAAGUCAUAGAAAUGUUACAACAAAUAGUAGGUCAUGUUAGUUCGUUAGAACAAAAAAUUAAAGAAAGCUUACCUAAUACUCGAGAUAUGAAAUCAACAGUAAACAACAAUCAUUUCUUUAAUGUAGCAACACAUAACGUUAAAGAUUUCAAUGAUCCAGUUAAAU